GGCGCCGCCUCCCACCCACCCCGGGGCGGGGCUUGGCUGCACCCACGUGUGGUGGAGUUAAAAACCCCGGCGGCCGGCGCUGGGGAGCGUGGCACUGAGCCGGUUGCGGCUGGGAAGCGGCACCAUGGCCGGCAAGCGAGUUUGCAUUGUGGGCUCUGGCAACUGGGGCUCAGCCAUUGCCAAGAUCGUGGGCAGCAAUGCAGCCCAGCUGACACGCUUUGACCCACGGGUGACCAUGUGGGUAUUUGAGGAGGAUGUCGGGGGCAGAAAGCUGACGGAGAUCAUCAACACACAACACGAAAACGUCAAGUACCUGCCAGGGCACAAGCUGCCUCCCAACGUGGUGGCGGUCCCAGAUGUGGUCCAGGCUGCAGCGGAUGCUGACAUCCUGGUCUUUGUGGUGCCCCAUCAGUUCAUCGGCAAGAUCUGUGAUCAGCUCAAGGGCAACCUGAAGGCAGACACCAUUGGUAUCUCUCUAAUCAAGGGGGUGGAUGAGGGCCCCAAUGGGCUGAAGCUCAUCUCUGAGGUGAUUGGGGAACGCCUUGGCAUCCCUAUGAGUGUGCUGAUGGGAGCCAACAUUGCCAGCGAGGUGGCUGAUGAGAAGUUCUGUGAAACAACCAUUGGCUGCAAGAACCAGGCUCAGGGACAGCUUCUGAAAGAGCUGAUGCAGACGCCGAAUUUCCGCAUCACAGUGGUGCAAGAGGUGGACACAGUAGAGAUCUGCGGGGCCUUAAAGAAUAUAGUGGCCGUAGGCGCUGGCUUCUGUGACGGGCUGGGCUUCGGUGACAACACCAAGGCGGCAGUGAUCCGACUGGGGCUCAUGGAGAUGAUCGCCUUUGCCAAGCUCUUCUGCAGUGGCCCCGUGUCCUCUGCAACCUUCCUGGAGAGCUGCGGCGUCGCUGACCUCAUCACCACCUGCUAUGGAGGGCGGAACCGCAAAGUGGCCGAGGCCUUCGCGAAAACAGGAAAGUCCAUUGAGCAGCUGGAGAAAGAGAUGCUGAAUGGGCAGAAAUUGCAGGGGCCCCAGACAGCCCGGGAGCUACACAGCAUCCUCCAGCACAAGGGUCUGGUAGACAAGUUCCCUCUGUUUAUGGCUGUGUACAGAGUGUGCUACAAGGGCCAGCCUGUGGGUGAAUUCAUACACUGCCUGCAGAAUCACCCAGAACAUAAGUGAGCAGGGCCAGGGACCAGGCCAGCAAACUUCUUUGCCCCAACGGAGACGGGCGCUUGAGGGGCCUGGCCACUGAUCUCCAAGAGUCCCCAUGGAGCAGCCUCUUCUUAACUUUUCACUGGGGGACGGAAGGCUGAAGGACCAGCUACCUGUCUGGAAAUCCUGAAACACCAAGAGACCUGCAGUUGCUUGCUAUCACCGUCUCACCAGAAAUGGAGUUGCCUUGUCCCUCUCCAGAUGUGGGGUUUUCUCCUUCCUGUGGGAGGAGUUGAGUCAAAUCCUAAUACUGCUUUGGGUGUGUGUGAGCAGGGUGGGGUGAGAGGGAGGCAAAGUAAGGACUGCCCACUUAAGUAGACCAGGACCUCAGCCACCAUGGGGACAGGGCAAGGGCUACCAGGGAGGGGCCUGGACUUUUGCACCGACAUAGGCCCCAGGGAUCCCUUUGCUCUGACCUCUGCCAGGCCCCACACAGCAUCAAUGGAUCUCAGUGUUUGUUAACAAAAUACAAAGAUCUCAAACAAC